CAGUUGCUUCAUCCCUCAAUUUUCAAGUAUCAUAACUAAGGUUUGCACACGAAAAAAAAAAAAAACCCCAAUAUGGGUUCCAAGACAUUUCUGUUUCUUGGUAUUUUCUUGGCUAUUUUUUUCAUGAUAAGUUCUGAAGUUGUUGCUAGGGAGUUAGCUGAGACUUCCAACUCGGUGAAACCGGAUAACGAGAAUGAAGUACACGUUAACGGAUACAAUGGCGUUAGCGGUGAUGGACAUUAUGGUGGCGGCUACGGCCAUGGUGGUGGUGGUGGUUAUAAACGUAAAGGAUGCCGUUAUGGUUGCUGCAAAAAGUACAAUUACGUAUGCAAAAGGUGUUGUUCCUACGCAGGUGAGGCCAUGGAAAAAGUCACUGAAGCCCAGCCACACAACUAAUUAAUUAUGUAUAAUGUUAUAAAACCUUUGUUAAUUAAGUGGCAAUAGAUGUAAUAAUCUUGCUACUUUAGACCUUUUGCUUGUAACAAGUAUGAAUAAAGCCAUUCCAGUGCUUAUGGAUGGUUGUCAUGUUCAUGUAAUGUUUUGUUGUACAAUAUAAUAUAUCAUAUUGUGAUCA